UGCAGAACGUGAUAUAAUAUCAGAUAUUAUAUCACGAGAAACAAAUAAUAAUGAGCUUUGCAUUAAUUUACCAGUGAUAUUUAUCAUAAAGUCAUAAUUUUCAAGAUUAAAAUGUCAUCGAGAAUAAUGAAACUUAGUAAAUCAAUCCGUCAUUUGGGAAUAACUUAUCGCUACUCAUCAACAGCAAGUGCAGAUCAUCACGAUACGUACGAUUUGGUUGUCGUAGGUGGUGGAAUAGUUGGGUGUGCAACGGCACGUGAAAUGCUUGAGAGACAUCCUGAUAUGAAAAUCGUUAUCGUUGAAAAAGAAAGUAAACUUGCUAUGCAUCAAACUGGACACAAUAGUGGAGUUAUUCAUGCUGGAAUUUAUUAUACUCCUGGUACCAUAAAGGCAAAAUUAUGUGUAGAAGGUUUAAGAAUGUCAUAUAGUUAUUUUGGUCGACAUAAUAUACCUUAUAAAAAAGUUGGAAAGCUUAUUGUUGCUCAGGAUCAAGCGCAAGCUAAGAGGAUUGACGAUUUAUAUGAAAGAGGUUUGAAAAAUAACGUACCAGAGCUGAAAUUAAUUGAGAAAAAUGAUAUAUGUAAAUUUGAACCCAAAUGCAAGGGAGAAAAAGCUUUAUGGUCACCGUGGACUGGAAUAGUCGACUGGGGAGACGUGUGUCGUUAUUUCGCUUCACAGUUCGAAAAGAUGGGUGGUAAAGUUAUUUUAAAUUAUGAAGUUAAGGGCUUUGCUGAAACAGCUGAGUCUAAGAAAGAUGAAGAGUUGGUGCCUAUUUCUGUGCUGUCAGAAAAUAAAACGAUUAAAACAAAAUAUGUGCUGACAUGCGCGGGCUUACACUCAGAUCGUCUGGCAGUAAUGACCGGUUGUGAUUUAAGCCCAAGAAUAAUUCCAUUUCGUGGUGAAUAUCUUUUAUUAGAUGAAAAGAAAAGGCACCUGUGUAGGACAAAUAUCUAUCCAGUGCCAGAUCCAAGGCUUCCGUUUCUCGGCGUUCAUUUUACUCCAAGAAUGAACGGUGACAUUUGGCUUGGUCCCAAUGCCGUAUUGGCUCUCGCCAGAGAAGGAUACAGUUGGACUGAUAUAAAUAUAAAAGACUGUAUCGAAAUGGCGAAAUUUCCAGGACUUUAUAAAUUAUGUUUUCGAUAUAUUAUUCCUGGAUGUAAGGAAAUGAUUAAAUCACUUUUUUAUCCAUUGGCAGUGAGUGAUUUGCAAAAAUUUAUUCCAGAACUUUCUCGAAAAGAUAUUAAAAGAGGACCAGCUGGUGUAAGAGCACAAGCAAUGGAUAAUGAUGGUAAAUUAGUUGACGAUUUUGUAUUUGAUAAUGGAGUUGGAAGUAUCGGUAGCCGAGUACUUCACUGUCGUAAUGCGCCGUCACCAGCUGCUACAAGUAGUAUGGCUAUUGCUAAGCAUAUAUGCAAUAAACUUGAAACAGAUUUCAAAUUUUAGCGCCGAUAAUAAUUAAUAAAAUACACCUAAGAGCUGUCAAAAAAA